AUGAAAGGCGUACUUAACGAUGAGAAGAAGCUAUACGAUGUAGUAUUCACUGCCGGACCACUUACAAUUCUCGAACGUUUUGAAACGCAUUUCCCAGGUAAAAGAAUUUUGUUCGGUGCAGAGAGUUAUUGCUGGCCAGAUGAAUCCUUGGCUGUGGACUAUCCACUUGUCGGAUUUGGUAAAAGGUUUCUCAAUUCUGGCCUUUUCCUCGGUUACGCUAAGGACUUUUAUAAGAUGAUCACUUUGAGAGAAGUGAAAGAUGAUGAAGACGAUCAGCUCUACUACACAAAAAUCUACCUAGAUGUGGAUCUGCGGGAUGAACUCCAAAUUGGACUUGACUCGGCGUCUCGCAUUUUCCAAAACUUGAACGGGGUAACCGACGAUGUCGAAAUUCAGUUUGAUGAGGAUACUGGUGAAGCAUUGGUAGCUUUCAAUACCCAUCCGGCCCUUCUGCACGGCAACGGACCAAGCAAAAACCACCUGAAUUAUUUGGCAAAUUAUGUUCCGGGACGAUACUCUGCUGUCACCGGUUGCACAUUCUGCGGGAAGAAACACAAGCUUGAUCUUUCAGUAAGAUUCUACUUUUUUUGA